AUGAUCCAUUCAGUUCUUAUAUUCAACUACGAUGGCGUUCCUCGCCUUAUUAAGUUCUACACUGCCGUUGAUGUGCAAACCCAAAGAACGCUACUUCUGCAAGUACACCUGCUCAUAUCCAAGAGAACCUCGCAAGAAUGUUCUUUCAUCACUCCACCUAGACUUUUAGAGGGCUUGGAUGAUAUUAAAGUCAUUUAUAGACAUUAUGCUACCCUAUACUUUGUUUUCAUCGUCGACGACCAAGAAUCCGAAUUAGGUAUUCUUGACUUGAUCCAGGUCUUUGUCGAAUGUUUGGACAAAUGCUUUCCCAAUGUCUGUGAACUUGACUUGGUCUUUGGAUGGCAAGUUCUACAAACUGUGCUAGAAGAGAUUGUCCAGGGUGGAAUGGUUAUAGAUACGAACAUUCUGCGAAUUGUGGCCGCUGUGGAUGAUGCAAAUAGUCAAAAGGUUACAGGAGUCAAUGGAGGUACCUCACUGCGGUGGCUCUCUCUUGAAAAUGGGUUCGGUUGGAGGAGAUAG